UGGUAGUGUCCCGUCCUCCCUGGCCAUCUGCCUGGGAUAGGAUCAGAUAGGUUCAAAAUAGUGAAAUGGGUUUUUAAUGAGUGAAGGGGGGGUUGGUUGGCAAUACUUUUUUGUAACGCAAAGUAUAAUGGAUUUAUACUCCAGUCCAUUUGGUGGCGGUAAUAGGCCAUUAAUAUUGGAUGCCAACCGUCGUUAAACCCCACCGAAUAAUACUUUCUUGUAGCUAGCUAACCCUUCUUAUUAUAGCUCAGUGAGAUAACCAUUUCGGACUAAAAUAGUCGAAAUAGUUAGCUAGAUAGAAAUUGUAACGUUAGCCAACUAGCUAGCUAGCUUGUUAACUGAAAUAAUAUUAUACAAAAUGCAUUUAAUCUUUGUUUUAAACUGACUGACGUAGCGUAGUUAAUUUACGUUGGUGGCAGGCAAACUUGUUUUCUUCAGCUCAAACCGAGGGAAGUUAACAAGCUAACGUUAGCUAGCUACAAUUACAUUUUUGUGAAUUCAUGGGGGGUGGACACAAUUAAAUACGUCAUUGGCUAACGGCCCCGAUUUCCAUCAAAACACCCAUGGCAAAGUGGUUGAAGGACUACUUGAACUUCGGCAGCCGUCGUGACGCCCCCCAGCUUCCGCGUCCUGACUACACAGAGAGUGAGAUCCUGAGGGCCUACAGAGCCCAGAAAGACCUGGACUUUGAAGACCCCUACCAGAGCGCAGAGAAACCACAAAAUGGCUGCUACGGUGGCUGUAGGGGGACAGUAAGCCUGCAUGCGUUUCCCGCCUUCGCUUCUGUCCUUCCCAACAAUGCAGAGGUGAAGGUGGUGUCUCCCAAACACAGGCUGAUCAAGGUGGACUCUCAGGAGUUCAGUCGCAAUAAGGUCCCCCUCAGCCCCGUCACCAUCCACCAAGAACCGGUGCUUCCCUCUGCUCCUACAGCAGUAGGGGACUCCGACACCGACUACUCAGACCCGUUUGAUGCCAGACCAGUUCCUCGGCUUAGAGCAGAUUGGGAGCCUAACCCUAACCCACACCUUACCUUGGGCCUCAGCCCCAUCACCAGUCCUACCCUGGUAGCCUUCAGCCCUAACCCUAUCCUAGGUCUCAGUCUCCGUCCAGGGCACAGCAGCAGCUACAUGGAACCCUUUGAAGCCCAGAGGGUCAUCACAGAGCUCCAACAGGGCCCAGAGCAGGGCCGGCCAGGAGUGGGCAUGGCACAUUGAUUAGCUAGCUGUACCAGGGUGGGAGUUUCAUCCAAUAGUGUUAUACAGUAGACUGCUACAUCGCUAUAGUGGAAAGCUAUUAUAUAAAUGUGUGCUUGAAAGCUAUUUCAGUACUUAUAUGUUUGAAUGCUGGUGUUUUACACCUGAGUGUACAAAAUAUUAGGAAUGCCUUCCUGAUAUUGAGUUGCACCCCCUUUUGCCUUCAGAACAGCCUCAGUU